GUCUUUGGUGUGGAGAGAUGAUAACAAGACAAAUCGUAUAACAUUAGUUAAGAAAACGGCUAAAAAUGAAAACUAAACGAUCGCUCAAGCGUUAAUAUGGUAUGAAACGAACGACAGUUAAUAAACGAAUGAAAGCUUGUUUUCGAAAAAGAUAUUUUAGAGGAUCACUUUAAUAUAAGUAAACAAAAGAAAAAAAAGAGCUUAAAAUUGAAAAUUGAGCAUUUCAAACUUAAAUAGCAAGAGAAACUAAAAGAAAUAGUGUAAACUAGUACGAGAGUUUGUGAGAACGAGAAAGAAAGUUUUUGCAUGGUGUAAAAUGUUGAAUUUUUAAAAAUAUUGUAAAUGUGAGUCUUGGCAUAGAGGGAUAUGAAAAUCAUUAAAGUGGUGGUGACUUUUAAGCCAAGUGCUCGUGGUAUUACAUUAUUACCGUUACAUUUGAAGCAAACUAUAGCAGAGAUCAAAAGUUUUUCCAAGUGGAUCAUCAUCAACAUGUAUAAACUCGAUAACACAUGAUAGUAACGUGGUUUUAGUGUUCAGCUGUAAUUUGACUCUUGCCAAAGGACAAGGCCAUUUGUGUGACAUAUGUCAAUGUACUCUAAAACACUAUCUUGUAGGGAUUCAAAUUAAAAUGCUGUUUCUUAUUAUUUCGUUAUUCACCAAUUGAAAACAAAACAACAGAUUAUUAUUAAUUAAUAAUUUUUAAACAAAAUAAAGAAUUUUUAGAAAGCGUGGAUGCUGCUUAUAAGACAGUGAGACAAAAAACAACAACAAAAAUUUACAUAAUAUUAUUUGUUUAAAUAUUUUUGAAACUUAAGAAAGUUUUAUGUGUUGAAAAAGAAGCAAAAAAAAAAAUACGAUUUGAAAACCUACUCUAAGUGAAUGACCACUAAUAAAAAGAAAAUAAAUAAAUAAAUUUAUUCAAAAAAAGAAAGAAAUAUUUUUAAACAUAUUCAAUUUCUUUUAUGUACAACUAGUGUAUUUUUGACUAUAACCACCAACCAAACAGAUACUUGGUCGGGUUACAGAAAGACAAAUACAAGAUUUCAAAAAAAAAAAGACGAAAAAAGUGAGAAACCGGUGAAUUGAUAAAUUUUUUUUUCGAGUGUUUAUUUUUAUUUCUUACUAUUGUCAUUACAACCUUGUUAAAUACAAGGUCGGUUCGUCUUUGUCAAACGUGGAUCACGAUCUUUUUAUAAAAUAAGCUUAAAGUGUCAUCUUUAGAAUAUUGAAAUAUUCAAAAGUCAAAAAUUAAACAUUAUAAUAGUAUUUUCACAGCAUCAUUUAUAAUGAAAUCAUAUACAAUUUUAAUGUUAAUCUUCUUAACAUUGGUCAGUGUUGACUCUGAUGCCCACAGCAACAGCGGCAACAAUAACAACAGCAGCAGCAGCAGUAUCAUCAACAGCAGCAGUAGAUUUACCAAAAACACAUUUAGUACAAAUUCUCAUAAUUUUAACACCUCCCUAGUUGGCGAUUCAUCUUCAUCAGCAACAUUUCGUGAUAAAAGAGGUACAAAUUUUGCCUUAGAUCCAUCGGAAAUAGCACGACAAAAUCAAAUUACCCAACAAAUUUUAUCCAAUUACUUAGAGCGACGACUCUUUCCACACCGCAGUAUCAAUCAGAAAAUUCCCACCAUUGAGGAAAUCUUACCAAAGCCAACAACCUCAACGGUACGACCAAGGCCACGAGGUUUUGCUGCUUCAUCUGCCUCCUAUCGAAAAGGAGCCGCUAAACAGCAACAACGUAAAACUUAUGGUAAUGGUCAUAAGAAUAGGAAUUCUUUAUUUCGACGUAAUAAACAUAAAACGACAACAGUAAAACCAGAUUUUGAAGAUGACUAUGAUGAGUUGGAAAACGAAAGAAAUAACGAACGUAAGCGUCAAAAGAACGAUAAUAACAGUAGAGAGCAAAAUAUUGAUGAUGAGUUUGCUGACGAUGCUAUAGUAGAGGAUGUUGAAGAGGAACCUUUAGAAGAGGAAGAACCAGAAGUACAACAUCAUCAUCAAAGUAAUCAUCAGCAGCAGCAACGCUUACGUCAGCAGUUACUUCGUCAUCAUUAUAGAUAUUUAGAAGAUAUCGAUGAUCCCGAACCGGAUGAUAGAGAAUCACUACAGAGUGUAGAGUCCGAACAGCAUGAUCAAUAUUAUAGCAGUAACGGCAGUAGUGGUGAUAUAUUCGCUAGAGAUCCCAGUGAAAAUGAAAUUGAUAGUGACUGUCCAAAUUGUGUAGAUGAAAUGCAGUACAUGAACAAAUGGACAAUGCCACUCUUAAAGCUGGGCGAAAAACGUUAUUAUCUUGGUAUCUUCUUCAAGGCAAAUUGGUUUAAGGCCACACAAUACUGUCGCUACCAUGGCAUGCAUUUGGCCAGCAUAUCAUCACAAGAAGAGAACGAUAGACUGGAAAAGCACAUAAGAGACUUUGGUUUGGGUCAUGAACAUUUUUGGACUUCUGGCACUGAUUUGGCUGAUGAGGGCAACUUCUUUUGGAUGUCAACCGGUCGUCCCAUCACUUUCACCAAUUGGAAUGCUGGCGAACCAAAUAAUUUCCGUUAUGAAAAUGGCGAAGAGGAAAAUUGUCUAGAAUUAUGGAAUCGUGAUGGCAAAGGCCUGAAAUGGAAUGAUUCUCCCUGUAGUUUUGAGACUUAUUUUGUGUGUGAAGUACAACCGAAUUGAUUGUUAAUGUUUGACAAACAAAUGCUUAGAAUAACAAAUUAUAAGAAAUUGAAAAAGAUGAAGAAGAAAACACCAUUUCGUAAAAAACCUCCAGCAAUGAACCUAAAACUAUUUGGCAAUUAUUCAAAUAUGUAUUUUUAAAUGGAUUAUUUAAAACAUAUCCUUUGAUUUCCCAUUUCUGCUUUUACACUAUUUUGCAACACUGCUAUCUCGUUCUGUAACUUUUUCUCAGUUUUUGCCAAAACUAAAAACAAAUAACAUUUUGCUUUAUUCACUUUUAUUCUACUCUAUUUACUGAGUUGUUAGUUUUGCUUUUUGCUUUCUCCAGUAGUAGUUUAGUUAAUAAUAUAUUUUGCAUAUUUAAUACACAAAUACAAAAGAAACACCAUUUUAGUUUUAAUUAAGUUCAAACAAAAAUUGAUAUUACGAAAUUUUUUAGUUAGUUAAACAAAAUUAUAAAACAAAUUCCAUAUCACUCAUACGCCCUGCUCUCAUGUUUCAGUGAUUCAAUUCAUUUAUUUUUCAACAAAAUGCGUUGCAACAACAUUUUGAUUUGUGAAAUUAAUCGCCUACAAUAUACACCACUUUUUUUAACAAUAUAUUUUUUUUUUGUUUAAUUAUAAUUAUUAUUUUUACAUUUAUAGAAGAAGGAGCACUGCCGUUUUUAUUUUUAUUUUAAUUUUCAUUUAGUGUGUAUGUUUAUU